AUGCCCAUCCCCGUCCCCAUCUCCCUCCCCAUCCCCGUCGCCAUCGCUGCCUGCAGAAUCGUGUCAGGCAACCAGUUCACGGGAGCCGUGCCCAUGCCAGCCUCCAAGAGCCUGGCCUUGGUGGACGUGCAGAGCAACUACUUCUCCUCCGCCCCCACCCGCCCCAAGAACUGCUCCGCUGUGCGCCUCUGGCUCUUCGAAAACUGCCUGCUCACCACCACCACCCUCUGUGGGCUCAACCAGGAGCAGCGCAGCAAGGAGAGCUGCUCCGCGUUCUGCGGGGUGGGCCAGGGCGGAGUGCUGUGCAGCGGACAUGGGUACUGCCUCAAGAACGACAGCAGUAGUAGCGCUGAGUGUGUUUGUGAGGAGCACUACUCCACUCGCAACGAUCCCCACACUUGCACGUACACAAUCGACCCUGUGGUGGCCUCUUCUGCUGCCACCCCCAUGAUGCUGAAUGGCUCGGUGCAGCGCUUUGCUGAUGGCGACCUGCUGCUCACCCCCAAGGCCAACGCCACCUGGGGCACGGCCUUCACAGCGGCGCCUCUCCCCCUCUUCUCCUACUUCAACACCAAGGCCACAUGCGGUUACCAGCUCGCCUUCAACGCAUCCCUUGCCUUCUCCCUCGACCCGGACUCAGAGGCGGGCGGGGAUGGGCUCGUGUUUGUCAUCUCUGCGGCGCUGCCAGACCGGCUGGGAGGGGUGGGGAAGCGGAGUGUGGCGGUGGAGUUUGACUCGGUGCUGAGUGUGAAGCACAGCGACCCCAACGACAACCAUGUGGGCGUCAAUGUGGGCGGCUCACCUGUGUCCCUCGCCUCUGCCACGGCCCCUCUCAUCCUCAAUGACGGCCACACCAAGCACGCCUGGAUCCACUACGACCCCACCAGUGGCGGCACUCUCCGAGUCUUCCUCUCCUCCGACCCCCAGCAGCCCCCCACCCCCACCCUUCGAGCUCGAUUUUCCCUCUGCUCCAUCCUACAUCCCAAGGCGUCCAGUGCUUCAUUCUAUAUUGGCUUCAAAGCGGCGUCCACCGCUGGCCCACAAGCACACUUGAUCCUCAACUGGACCUUCACUGCAGGUAUGCACAUCUCAGACUUGGCGUUGGGAUUUGUGGACUUUUUCUCAUCGCAGGGCUUCAACUCCUUCUUCCACUACGCCAGUGCAGGCUUCGACCCCGCGCAGGACAACAGCCCUGCGUGGGCCAGUUUUUGCUUGGGGAGCGUCUUCAAUGGGCAGGAAAUUGGGUGGGACGAUGCAAUCGCGACGAGGAGGCGUGAAGAGGUGCGGGAAUGGGAGUCUCAAGGACCUGGCCCAGUGACGGAGAAGCAAGGAACACGGGGAAAGGAGAAGGACCCGGAUUGGAGGCCGGCUCCGGGGGAGGCGGCCGGCACGAGUGGAGGAUCGGGUGAUGAGGGUUGGGGAGGGAGAGGAGGGGGCCAGGCUGGUGCCAGCAGUGCAGCAGCAAAGAGGCCACGCACGAGUGGGCCUGUGGGGUCGGGAGCUGGAGGGGCCGGGCUGGCGUCGAAUUCGCAGCCGCAGGGGGCAGCCGCGGCCGCGGGUGGUUCUGAGGGGUCGGGCGCAGCAGGGGCAGGUACCUCCGCCGCUGCGGCAGGUGUUGCACCUUUGGGUGGGUCUGCGGUGGCUGGAGCAAGCCAGAGGUCCGACAGGGCGGGCAGGACCCCUACCGAUGAGGAGCUGGACCCAUGGACUGAGGAGGUGCUUAGGAAUGCAGAACCCGGGCUGGUUCGUGGCAUGUUCAGUGAGAAGGAUGUGAAAGAGGCUAGGAAUUGCAAGAUUUGCAAGAAGAAGAUUAGCUGGAAAGGUAGUUGCACGAGCACGGGGAAGAGACACCUCAAGAGGAGCCACUACCCCAGUCUGCAGAUCUGGUGUCGGCGUUUCAAGGAUCGAAACAAGCCAGACAACCUGACGUUUCCCGAUGGGGGAUGGGGUCCGGAUGUCCCCGACCAGACAGCGUGGCCUUGGGAGCAUGCAGCCACGUGGCCCAGGAUUGUACAGACACCAGACAGCGCAGUGACUGGCGGAUCCGAGGUUGGUGGGAGUAGGCAGAUGAGCAUGGCCGCAUUCGUCACGCCGCGUGUUCAUGGCCAGCAGCUGCGCGAGGGAUUGGUGCAGCUAUUUGCGGCAGCUGACCUUCCGUUUCGACUUGUUGAGUGUCGCGAGUUCAGAGCCUUUGUCCAGAUGCUGAACCCGGGAGCUGCGCUACUGCUCGGCUCACGCCAUCGCUUGGCACGGGACAUGAUGGCAUACGGGGAGGCUGCUAGGGAGGACAUGCGGCAGCUACUAGUGGGUGAUGGCCUGGCGGGAAGGAUGUCCCUCACCUUUGACAUCUGGACCGGUGAGAACAACGUGGCCUUCAUGGGGGUGACUGGCCACUAUGUCACCAGCGAUUUCCUGCUGAAACAGGCUGUUAUAGACUUCAGGGAGCUUAAGGGCUCUCAUACGGGGGACUUGAUAGCCGAUGAGCUGGAGGAGGUGUUGUGGGAGUGGGGCUUGGAGAAGAUGUUGUUCGCCGUGACGUGUGACAACGCCGAGAACAACAGCAGGGCGAUGCGUCUGCUGGCCGGUGUACCUGACGCCAGGCCGGGCUCACGGCCCAGGCACCCACCACUGCUCAGUCGCUGGAGGCACUUCAGGUACUAUGGGGCUGUCUCCGUACGGUCAUCCAUCAGCAAGGAGACUAAGAAGGCGUGGGACGCCAUCAGGUUGACGGAUGCGCACUGGGACGAGCUCGCCGAGCUCCGAGACUUCCUCACCCCAUUCGAGCAAGUCACCCUCUUCGCCGAGGGUUCCCUCUACCCUACCUUCUCAGCCGUUGUACCGCAGUACAACGCGCUGAUUGAUCUGCAGGAGAAGGCACAGCUCACUCCUGGCAUCUCCCCUCUGCGCUCAUCGCUGAUCACUGCUGCUCUGAGCAAGCUGGAGCGGCACAUGGGGGGUGUGAGCGAGGAGGCAGCGAUAGCCACUUUCUUGGACCCGCGCCAGAAGCUCGCACCCUUCAAGCACCGAGCCAGGGCAGCAGAGGGGAAUUCGAGAGGGGCAACACUGGAGCUAGGACCUGAUAGGGUGAAGGCCCUGGUACGGGCGCGCCUUUCAGAGUACCACGCAGCCAGCACCACGGCGCUGGGAGAUGGAGGGGAGGUGACUAGUGCGAGGGGUGCAGGGGUGCAUGCAUCGGCAGGGGGUGGGGCUGUGGAUGCAUCGGCAAAUGACCACCACCCUUCGGGGACUCUCGCUCCCAAGGGCACCUCAACGGCCAAUCCCACCCUGGGAGUGGAGGAUGAAUCGAAGGGGUUGUGA